AUGUCUACCCUCGAUAAUCUUGGAGCGCAAGAUGAGGCAAUUCUCCUUCAGGCAAAUUCAACCCCUCAUCGACCAGAAUUAUCGUAUGGCUACCAUUGUAAAUCCGGUAGGAGUAGCCCGUACGAGAGAUCCAGAGCCAAAGAGGCGAAACUCGAAGAGGAAUUCAAUAUGUCCCGCCGUAUUCGUGCACAGCCGGUACGGUGCCGAACUCCAAUCUUAUAA